UGUGGGCGACGCUGUCGGCUGUGCCGCGGUGCGGGACGUUAAAAGGGAAACGGAGCGAUUCCGAUCGGAGCUAACACGCCGUCGUUUGUGCCGAUCGCCGAGGAUGCGCGACGCCGGACGUCGCGCCGACGUUCCUUAGGAAUCGACAUCGUCGAGAAAGAGAGAGACGGAAAAAGAGAGCUCGGAACGAGCCGCGCGAGCGCGAAAAUGUGAUCGCCCCGUCUCGUCGACGAGACAGCCGUCAAACGCAGUCAGAAUCUACCGUUCAUUACGACGCCGACUUCACGGCCUUCGCGCCGUUCCGCCCGAGCAUGAACGGCCAGGUGCAAUCGUCGCGGGAGAGGUUAGGUGGUUUCGGGCCCGUGAAUCUUGGACUAUUUUCCGGGAUGAUCGCCACGGACCGUGUUCCUACCAUUCAAUCAUUCAACUCGGACGCCGAGUUAGACGACACCAUGGCCGCGACGGAGGUCGACAGCAAAGUCAAGACGAAAUUGCUCUCUAUGUGGAACAACGUUAAAUACGGCUGGACUGUGAAGAUAAAGACAAACUUCUCUAAAGAAUCUCCCGUGUGGUUACUGGGUCAAUGUUAUCUGAAAAAAUCGGAAUGUUCCUUGGAGAGAGCAUCGGAAGCAUUGGAGCCAGUUGGAACGGGGAGUCAGGUUUCCUUGGCGAUGGAUGCCACAAAUUUCGAGAAUACCAUAGAGGAAUUCAAGAGGGAUUUCGCGUCGCGUCUUUGGUUAACAUACAGACGGGAAUUUCCGAUCCUGAAUGGCUCCACCUUUACCACAGACUGUGGUUGGGGUUGCAUGCUACGCAGCGGACAAAUGAUGCUCGCGCAAGCAUUAGUCUGUCAUUUCCUCGGACGGGAGUGGAGAUGGCGGCCGGAACAAUCGACUGACGAAAGCAAUCAUCGGAUGAUUAUCAAAUGGUUUGGAGAUCAGCCAACACCGGAAUCCCCAUUCUCCAUACACAGGCUCGUGUCGCUCGGCGUUUCGGCGGGAAAACGUCCAGGCGACUGGUACGGCCCCUCCUCGGUCGCGCAUCUUUUGUGUCAGGCUAUGGAACGCGCUAGCGAGGAUCCCAACAGUAAACUCAAUCAGUUGGCGGUAUAUGUCGCCCAAGAUUGUGCAGUGUACAUGCAAGAUGUCGAAAAUGUUUGCUGCACUCCCGAUGGUAGACGGAAGGCGCUGAUACUCUUAGUGCCCUUGAGGCUCGGCGCCGACAAGCUAAAUCCCAUUUACGCGCCUUGUUUGACAUCGCUGUUGACACUAGACACAUGCAUCGGCGUGAUCGGUGGUCGACCGCGACACUCGCUCUACUUCAUCGGCUAUCAGGACGACAAACUGAUUCACUUAGAUCCGCAUUACUGUCAGGAGACCGUUGACGUCGAAGGAAAUGAAAAAUUCCCAUUGACAAGCUUCCACUGCACAUCACCGAGAAAGAUGUUGCUUUCGAAGAUGGACCCCAGUUGUUGCGUAGGCUUCUACUUUCCCGACAAGGAGUCGCUCACUGACUUUAUGGAAACAAUUCAACGGAGAUGGAAAGUAAGCCAAACAAAAUCAAAUGUAGGAAUAAGGUGUAAACAGGGAAAGAAA